CGGCUGAACAAAUGAAAUGAAGAGAAGCAAUUUGUGAGCAAAAGCUUUAAUAUCAGUUCAAAAUCAAAAUUGAUUUUAUAUGGAUUAUUUUGUUCGUGUGCUCUAGACGUGUACCUAGUGGUUUAAAGUGCAAAUAAUAUUUGGAUGAAAAAAUAAAAAUAAAUGCAUAAAGGAUUUAAAAAAAAAUAAAUUUAAAAAUAAAACGAUCCUUUUAAUAAAAAACUAUUUAAAAAUCAAAAAUGACCAGUGCCAUUGAUAAAGGACCUUUUUUGGGUAUGCGCCACAUGCAGGCCUUGUUAAUUUUCUUAAAUAUAACUGUAGUCUAUAUAAGUCGUCUGAAUAUUGGUGUCGCUGUGGUAGCCAUGACAAAUGCCGAAACAACAAAUACAGAUUUUCCGGAAUUUGAUUGGAAUGAAAAGGAAAUUUCUUAUAUAAUCUCCAGUUUUUAUUGGGGUUAUGUGACGACCCAAUUUCCAGGUGGAGCUUUAUGUAAACGUUUUGGUGCCAAAAUAGUUAUGCAAAUCUCAACAUUAACCUCGGCUAUUAUGAGUGCCCUAACACCUUGGUGUGUCACUUGGGGCGGUUGGCAAGCAUUUUGUGUCUUACGUAUUAUCAUGGGUAUAUGUCAGGGUGCUUUGUUUCCCUGUAUACAUGAACAUUUGGCUAAAUGGUCUCCCUCGCAGGAGCGCAGUCGUUUGGGUGCUUUGGCUCAUACGGGUAUAGAAUGCGGUACAGUUUUGGCUUUGGGUAUGAGCGGUCUAAUAGCUGAAGGUCCUUUAGGUUGGCCGGGUAUUUCCUAUGUCUCGGCUGGCUUGUGUUUUGGUUGGUGUGUUUUAUGGUGGAUUUUUGCUGCCAACAAUGCUACCGAAUCGAAGUUUAUCUCUAAACUGGAAACUCACUAUAUAGAAUCAUCUCUAGAACAUUCAGAAGAUUUUCAUAAAAACAAAAUUCCAGUUCCCUGGAAAUCUAUAUGGUUGUCGGUGCCCUUUAUGGCCUUACUGGUGGCGCGUUGUGCCGAAGGUUAUGGCUUAAGUAUUUUACAAACACAAAUUCCUUCCUAUAUGAAUGGGGUCUUGAGUAUGCAAAUUAAAAGUAAUGCUCUCUUUUCGGCCUUACCCUUCUUGGCCAUGUGGGGCAUGUCGUAUGUGUAUGUUAUAGUGGCAGAUGUAUUGCAAAACAAAAAUAUACUUAGUCUCACCGCAAUACGUCGAUCCAUUAAUACGGUGGCAUUUUGGGUACCAGCCGCUGGUCUUAUUGGUAUAGGUUUCCUAGAUGAAAACAAUAAAACCUGGGCCAUAGUCUUAAUGACUCUAUUGGUGGGUGUUAAUAGUGGUGCCACUCUGGGAAGUUCCUUAAAUACCAUAGAUCUAUCGCCAAAUCAUGCUGGUAUUCUAAUGGGUAUAGUUAAUACUAUAGCGAAUUUUUUGCCAUUAAUCUCUCCUUUGGUAGUGGGUGUUAUUGUCACCGAUUCGAAAAAUCGCUCCCAAUGGCAAUUAGUUUUUAUUAUUGCUGCUGUGGUCUUCUUUUUCGGCAAUUUAGUUUAUAUUAUCUUUGGCACUGCUCAAGCUCAACCUUGGGAUGCUGAAGAUUUCCUUAUGCCUAAAGAUGCUGAAAGUUCCUCUAAUAAAGAUUCGGAGGCUACAACUGCCGAAGUUGGAGUCGAUAAUAAGGCGUUUGAAACUAAAGAAACUAAUUUUAAGUAAUUAUACUCAUAGGUAUUAGUUUUAGAAUUUAGAUUUGUAAUUUAUAAAUAAAAUGUAAUAUUAUGUAUGUAAAUAGAAAACGAUAUAUAUAAUG